UUUGAAAGCAAAGAUGAAAAAGGCCCUGAUUUGCUUGGUUGGGAGUCUCUCUGGUCCCUGAGGAGUGCUGUCAGUCAGUAAGAAACAUCUCUCUGCCUGAGAAGACACCUCUGGGUUACCAGCUAUUAUGCUGUAGUGGGUGGUCAGUUGGUGUCCUGGGUGGCCAGUUAGUGGCCCAAGGAGAGAAGAAGGCAGUUCUAACUGGCCACUGGAAAUACUACCAUGUGCUGGGUGGAACCAGCCUAGGGCUGUCGCUGAGCUCAAGCUAAUGAGCAGCUUUAUGGGAACAAGAUGCUCAGAAACUCAGCUGGCUCUCAGAGGAGCUGCUUCCUGCUGUGCCGGGGCUAUUGCCCCUUAACAGGAAACCAACCUGUUUGUGGAGAGGAGCAGAGCUGCUGCCUUUGUGUGGCAUGGUGUCCGAGAAACAAACUUUGAGACUCAUCUCCCUCCCCAGCCUCGUGGCCUCUCCCAAUUACUGUGUCCUUUACCUCACCCUUCUUGAGAGCCCUUUCCAUAUGUCUCAUACCUGCUGUCUUUAAACGUCAUUCCAGUAUUCCCUGAAGGAUGCCCUAUAGCACCUGUCACUGUCCAGGAUAUUCUUCCUUCUCGUUCUAUUGAAGAACUUAAAACUGGUAGUAGAGAUCCAGCUUCCAAAUAACCAGAGGGAAAAACUAGUUUCAAGCCUCAACUGUUACCACUGCAGGGUUAUCUGUGAUGCACUAUAGUUAGUGCUACUUGUUUUUCAUAAAUACUAGUUGGAGCAGGGCAGGAAUCCAGAUGUCAUCUCUCCCAGGUAAGACUUGUGAUCAUCAGGCCAGAUAAGAGCAUGUCUCACUCAAGAAAUAGUUAUUUGAUACAAAAUGGAUCAGUUGCAGUGGGAAGAAAUUGAGGGAGAUCUGUUCUAGUAGGGCUAGAACACUUGCUUGAGGUGUGACACUAGUUCUUCUCUGCUCAUAUCCAUGUACUGCCCAACUAAAAUAUUCCAUUAGAAUCUGAUUUAAUGGAACAAAUACUUUUUCCUUUGAAUUACAGGGAAAUUUGAUAGAGAUCUGAAGGGAAUGAUAAAGCAAUAUUAAAUAGUUUCAAUAGCAUAAAGAGAAAUAGCACAUGGAACCUGGUGAUGUGAAGAAACUUGUUACACAUCGGGUGGGGUGCCUUCAGGGGCAGGAGCCACCCCUUCCUCUGUAGUAUCUCAUGAAGUACAAAAGGCAGAUCUCAAAGAUGGUAUGGGCUACUUAACUAGGCUGACCAGAUGAAGUUAGCAAGCACUGUAAUGUGUUGACAGAGGGAACAGGAGAGCAUUGUAUCUGCCAUUCCAAAGAUGCCAGAAAUUAGUGGAAAAAUACAGGUGUCAGAGGCAAACUAACAGAGCUCUAUACUCUUUGAGGGCUACAGAAAUUCUGUAUUUAAACAUAAAGCUGAGACAAAGCCAGUAUAUGCUCUGAGCGGAGCAUCUUGACUAAAAAUGUCUGUGCAAUCACACAUGAACAGCUACUACAACUGGCCCUGCCAGUCUCAUGUUUGUGCACAGUGACAUCUUGUUAGCUGUACAUUCAGUUUAACUGCUGAACUAAAUUGCUUAUUCAGUCAGAAUCUUAAGGCUUAAAUGUGAUUUGCAAAAGUUGCUGUAAGAGUUGAAAUCAGGAAAAUAUUAAAUACAGAAGUUAGGCAUGUAUGUAUAUAGAUUCAGCUAUACAGAUGUAAAAUUUGCUGAUGGCCUCUGCCCUGAAAUAAGAAAAUGAAAAGAUUUCUUGAUAGGAGGAGCGUGGGUGUACUCACACAUCUUUGCUUGUUUUAAGCGAGAAGACUUCUUAGUGACAGAAAGUUAAUUGAGUAACAUUCAAGCCAAACUUACUAGGCUUUUUGGUCAGUUUUACUGAACCACACUGCAACUGCAUCUCAUUCUGGCUCCCUCACUGCAGAAGAAAAUUUGCAAUUGAUUUAGACAGUAGAAUUUUAACCUUUUUAAUGAUACCCUAGCAGAAGGUAAAACAGCAACUCAGACUGCUGAGAAAGACAAACAAGAACAGUAAACAGCUGAUGAACCGUGAGUUUAGAAUGACCAGUGACACACAGCAGCUCGUUCACAAACAUCUCACUGCAUCCGUUCAUCAGCUAGACACAGACCUAUGGUCACCCACGCCUCGCGCCCUUACUGAUGCGAGCCAUAACCCCUGGGCUGGCCGCUGCCCAUCCUGGGCGGUUAGCACUGCCCACUGCUAACGCGCUCUCCAGUGGGCCCUCUUGAGGGUGGGCAAGGAGGACGCUGAACACUAGUCGUGUGUGACAGAGCACAGGGCCGCACUGCUGCAGUGCAGUCUGUCUGGGAGUAGGAUUGGUUUAUGCUAGUUGGAUACUUUAACAUGACAAGAAAUCAACACUCCUUUGACUGAUCGCUGAGUACUUUUCAUUGGAGCCAUAGGCAGGUGUUUCAGGAACUUAGAACAACCCUGUUGCCCUUCCCCUCUUCUCUCCCAAACUUCUCUCCCAGACAUUUAGGAAGUCAUCCCGUGAGAUGGGAAGAGAAGGGGAGCAGCUGUUAGCCUUGCCAGGGCCGUGUCCCUGCAGCAGCUGUGGUGGAGUCCUCCUUGUGCCACCAGUAGGGUCAGGAGCAGGCUGACCUCAGCAGCGGGAGAACGUGAGUCAGGUGAGAGGGUGUCCUGCUCGUCAGGCCUGUUUGUCUGCUGGACAGAAGAGUGGACAGUGACCAGUGCAGGAGCCUCAGCAGGGGAACAUAUUUUGUGGACCAGUCAGCUAUGGCUGCUGUCUUCCUAAGGAUGGCAACAGUCCCCCUGUCUUUGCCAUUUAGUGAUCUCACAUUGUCAUCACCCUGCAUUCCUGUCCCACCUGCUCAUUACAGUACUGUUACACGUUUAGCUUGUCUUACCUUGCUUGGUUGAAGGGGUUCCUUUAAUGUCACUCAGUCACAGCCUUUGCAGCACACUACUUUUUUCCAUAGAUUAUUUUUUCCACUCGGUACUAGUGAGACUUUAAAGCAGUCAUCAGUUUGGACAUCAAAAGCAAGUGCAGUAGAUGAUGGAGGAAAGGUGGUGGACAAGUCUGAGCACCCUCACUCCAGAGAAAAGGAACCAGGGAGGAAUUUGUCUGUGCAUACACCCAGAGGGAUGGUCUGAAGAGGACAAGGAUCAACUACUCCUGUUGGUCAAGAGUCAGGCUGUUAAUAGGUUUAAGCUGCAGAAGGAAAACUCCAGUCUGAAAAUUAAGAAAAUUAUAUAACUGGAGGAAAAGUUAGACAGUGGAACCUGUUGCCAAGACAGAGGUUGUGAAACUGGAGAUAUUCGAGGCUAGGCUAGACACCCGUCCAUCAGGGAUGGCUUUGGAAUAACUGAGUAAAGCCAAUGAACAAUGCAAACAGCUUGACUAGAUGACCCAGUAACAGUCCCUUCCAAUCCAAAUAUGGGCUUCUGAAAUGUAGCUGGCAGCUUGUCCACUUCCAGCACAGUUGUGAUGGGUUACUGCCAGAUGUACCAGAUGUACCAUCAGUACCUUAUGCUAAAGCCAGUGAUGUAUAAGAUUGUAGAUGAAGCCAGCACCUUUAAUAGCAGGUUUUUUCCUACUAGGUUCACCUCGCCCUUAAUCCAUGUGAAGACCUGUUGGAAACGCCUUCUAGAAACAUAACCGUUUUCAGUCUCCUAAUAAAUUCUCCUGUGUCCAAGAAGAGCCUGUCCAAAUGAGCAAGACAUCCCAACAGAACACCGCUACAGAUGCGAACGGAGUAAGCGUGAUUCACACCCAAGCACACACCAGUGGUUUGCAGCAGGUUCCCCAGCUGGUGCCCGUUAGUCCUGGUGGAGGAGGCAAAGCUGUGCCUCCCAGCAAGCAGGGAAAGAAAAAUUCCUUUGUGGAUAGAAACAGUGAUGAGUAUCGUCAGCGCAGAGAGCGAAACAACAUGGCAGUGAAAAAGAGCCGGUUAAAAAGCAAGCAGAAAGCACAAGACACGCUGCAAAGGGUAAACCAGCUCAAAGAAGAAAAUGAACGUUUAGAGGCAAAAAUUAAGCUCCUGACCAAGGAACUGAGCGUACUGAAAGACUUGUUCCUUGAGCAUGCGCACAAUCUUGCAGACAAUGUGCAACCUGUUGGCACUGAAACCACCACAACAAAUCCAGAAAACAACGGACAGUAACACUGCUGCAGCCUUAUGAACUGAACACUCGGGUGCGGAUUGUCUGCAACACCCAUGCAGCAACCAAGCAAAAACUCAACUAUCGUUUUGUGGAGAUUUUCUUCUUUUUAGGUUUAACACUGAAAAUUUGAUACAAUUAGACCAGAAACUGCUUAGGGUGUUUGUUUUAAAUAUUUUUCUCCUCUACAAGAUUUAUCUAAUUAAUGCAGAUCUAAAUUCAUAGUCAACAAGGAGCUUAGUAUUGGAGAAAUAGCAUUUUUCACAGAAAUGUUCACUUACCUUCUUACCGUUUGCACAAUGGGAGGAAUCCAGCAGGAAGGUUCACUGUAGUAUCAGAAACUCGUAAUUGGAUAAAAUGUCUUUUAAAAUACCUUUUAGUGUAAUUAAGCCCUUUGUUUUCUCUAUUACGUAUUACAAAAACUGCAAAGGCUGUGGAGGGUGUUUGCUUUCCUAUUUGGUGGACUACUUUAAAUCUGUAGAGCAAGUCCUAUAAAGCACCACUUAGGUCUUUCCUGUCCAGUUAUCGUUAACGGGGAGGGUGUAGUAAUAUUGAGCUGGGAUGCUUACUGAUGUUUUCUAGAAAAAUAGCAAUAUAGUAUGAUGAUACAUAUAGGCAGUUGGCUUCCAAACAGCAAAUGAGUCUGAAGCAUCAUGUACAAAAGGUUAAGCAGCACAUUGACAAAGCCUUUUAAGCUGUGUUCACAUUGCUCACAUAGUGACUGGGGCCUUAUGAGAACAAGAUACUGUUUUUUAGAAAAUGUCAAAAUGCUACCAAAAAACUGUGCUCUGCAAAAUUGCAUUCUUGCUGGGGUGCAGGUAUCAGGGAGAACAAAAGCUGCAGCUUGGCUAAGCAGUGAAAGGGGUGUUCAGCCAGAAUGUAUGAAUCAGUGCUCGUUGACAUUAAUCUCCAUUUUCACGGCUGUUCAGAUUUGCAAUCAAGAUCUUACAGAAAUUCACAGUGAUUUUAAAAAUUAACGGUCCUAGUUCGAAUAACUGAUUCAGUGGAAUUUCUACAGCCAUCAUACAGUUGUGUGAAGGAGUAUCUUUUGGUCUUGUUUUAUUUUCAUAAAACUUUAGCAACUUUUUUAAAUGCUAGUGCUAAGCCUUUGCCAUGAUCCAUAAUGCAGUGGUAUGUACGAUAUUGAGGAUUUAAACAAUAAAAGUAAAGCAGGAACUUUGAUGUAACCUUAAUUUAUUUUCAUUUUUAAAUAUUUCAUUGAUGGUAUGGUUGUGUUACAUUUAACCUGUGUGUCUGGCUAGUGGAUUAUUACACUGUCUUAAUUUCCUUCCUACACUACCUUUUUCCAUAGAUUAUUUUUUUGUAGGAUGCUUGUUUGCCUUGUAUCUGUACUUAGGAAGAACUUGGGUAUUAUCUCUAUGAAGAUGCUGUUAGAAAAUGAAAGCUUGAAAAGUUCUUUUUGAAGUUAAACUUUUAAUACAUGCAGAAAACUUUUAUGGAUUGUUUUGAAUUAUGGUAGUCUUUUUACAAAGAUAUGUUUUUUGGUUCUAGCUGCAGCUUAAGUAGGUAGGAUUGAAGUAUCAGAAGCUAAUAAAAAACUUUUGCUUCUAGUGCUGGA